CUCGCUUGUACGGAGGCACGCUUGUGCUUGGCGGACGAAAUGUGGAAAAUCCCGCACACUGCAGCGGUCCAAUAUACACCUAGUGACUCAGAGGAGGAGUCAGAUAUUUAUGACUUGGAGGAAGACUGGGAAGACAGAGUGAGUAACCUCCCUCGUAAGCUACGUGUAAAUGUGCUAUUAGCAGGCAGAAAAAUAAAGUAAUAAUUUCAUGUGAAUGAAUAAAAAACUAAGCACCUAGCCAACUAUAAGAUAUCCUUCUAUAAUUUAUCAGCAUCUUGGAUGGGCAACAAAUUAAAAAAAUCUCAAAAGGAUUUCAGUUCUGUAGCUGAAGCUCUCUUGCUGUGACGGUGAUCCAAUUAUGAUUAAUUAUAAGGCCUACAAGGAAGAGAAACGAGUAACGGCAUGGAACAUUCUGGUCGUCCUGUAAUUUUGCAUGUUGCAUGUGCAUGGUUGCCAAAACGACAAGUAUGUUCUUCGUUCGUCUAUUUAGUAGAAAAAAACAUUGCUUGGGUGUACACCGUGACGGUAAUGGCACUGACACUGCACGGCACGAUAUCCCAUGUUCUGCAACCGUUUUCAUGGGCUUUUUAAGAUCUCUCUAUAAGGUAGCGGGAUCGAAAAAUUGAAGGAAAUCAUAGCACUUUAAGAGCUGUUAAUUUUGAUACUUAAUUAGUGGUUUUCACUGUUACGCCAUCCAGAUUAAAAAUGAAAACCCUUUAAUACAGAAAGUCUGGAAUAUGGGAAAUGAAAGAAGAUAAAUUUACAAAAAGUCUUGCCAAGAGUCAAGUCUGUGCAAUAUUUCAUGUGCGAGAUGUUCGGAACGUUUUACCCAAAUUUAUAAAGCUUUGUAUUGAGACGCCAUCAGUUUGUGUCCCUUCAACGGGUACAAAUAUGGCCUCCGGAAACCAACAGAAACAUCUGUUUUUGAGUUUUCCUAUUAAUGCGAGAAUUCUUCGCUUGAGGAACUCAUAAAGAUUAAAGUAAUAUUUAUUCUGAGACAGGGAAUGUUUAGAUAACAAAAUCUCCCAAAAUCGGUGAUGUUUUUAACCCACAUAAGAGCUUUCCUGGCCGUCAGCUAAAUGCUGCGUCAAGCAAAAGCCUGAAAAUUCAAGCGUCCAGUGUCGCAAAACGAAGAACCCUUUUGAACCGAUAAUUUGUUUGUAUAAAGGUUUUAAGGUGCUGUAAUACCACAUGAAAAUAGAAACUCGGAACAAGAGACACUUUCUUAGUUUGAAUUUUGGUGACGUCAUGUGAAAACCAAGCGUGUGGUUCAGACUGCAAAGUCGAUAUUUUCUUGCCCACAAUACAUUUCCGUAGGAUAACACAGACUAAUAAGUUAACAAAGUUAACAUUAACUUGAAAUACGUUUUCCGGUGACUAAAUCUUUCAGAAUGGGGAGGGAGUAAAAAUAUUUACCCCAAAAGAUGAAACUCUAUUAAUAGUUUGUGACAUGUGCAGAAGACAUUUGUGAUAAUUAACGUGCCAACUUAGCAAGGAAUCCAAGAGGACACAAUAAAGACUGUGAUUGUGCGACUGUGAAGUUUUAAGCGUUUUCUUAGCAUUUCUAACUUGAUAAAUAUUAUUUUCCAAAAAAUGCAACUUGGGUACCCUGUGGCUUUUGGGCCCAAAAAAAACCUCUUCAAAACUAAAAACUUAUACCACAAUUCUACCCCACUAACUACCAAGCAUUGUUCAGGGGGUUAAGCUCUACCAUAGUCCGCUAUCGAAUCUUUUCUAAUCCGUGGGUGGUGCCGAAUCCACCUCUGCCAUUAGACUUCUGCGCGGAAGGCUAACCAUUCAGAGCUAUGGCUUUCAACUUAGUAGUAUGUUUCACUUUAGUUUAUAAUAACACAGUUAUUUCAGUGGGGUACUUAGAUUACAAGCUAUUUGAUGACUCGUCCUCUUCAACUACAGCGGUUUCCUUAUAGCCACGGACUAAAAUCGGUAACAUUUUAAAAUUCACAGCCAAUAGCAGGUCAUGACAAAUCAGUGGUUCCUGCUAGUUGCAGUGGAGAAUGUGUGUGCAUCAUUUCCCUCCGUCCCUUAAAUCCUCAUACCAAUUCUUUUCACUAGAAAACUUAGGUCAGAAAUUAAGUUGUUUCUUUAAGAUAACGGAGCCAAUAACUCACUCUAAGGGAAAUAAAAUACAGCUUUGUACAACAUGAUCGUGAGUCCAUAAUUUCGCUCGUUAAUUUACCGUCGUUCACAACAUUACUAUAAUGAAUUCUUUUGCCGAUUAUUUCAUUUUGAUAUACAAUGUUCACAGAAAGAUCUCUUAAGGCAUCUAAAUAAAUUUGAGUGACGGUUAUAUUAACUGCUCAUCCGUUGAACUAUCCAAAAACGUUUCAAAUCGUCUUCCCCCAGGAUGAUUAACGGCGGACGCGUUUUAAAUAGAUAAAUAGGGGAUGACAGAGACUAUCGCUAACACUACCGAAUAGUUACCUUCAGAAUUAUUAAUAUCUGUCCAUACAAAAGUAUUUCUUUUUUCUCCAGCUUCCUUUAAAACACCUUUAAUCAAAGAUUUCAGAUCAUAUCUUCAAGUUCUUUUCAAAACGAUCAAUAUAUCGUGUCUGUGCAAUGCUUUCGACGGAUAUAAACUGAAACCAAUUGAUCUUCAUAUUACGCUCCCAUCUUCCUUCUUUCCAAGAAUUCACAGUUGACUAAUUUGGUUUGUUUAAAAAAAAGAAUUGAAAUGACGCAUUCUUCAAAGAAGUACAUGCGAGUAAACAUUUCUUGAAUAAAUAUAAUUAUAACCGGACACACAAAUAUAUGGUAAAAUUUGACGAAAUUAAUUAAAAGAGCUGAAAUUUAACGGAUGCGUUGCUACCUGGAGGAAGUAUUCCCUUAUAUAAGCACGAUAAGAUAUGUGCGGCGCCAAAGAACUUAGUUUUUAAGGUAACUUGAUAGGGUUUUUCGGGGUCAAUACCUUCCAAGUUUGAGCAUGAACUAUGUCACCAUUAACGAAUAUUUAGAAAAUUACGACUACAGCUGUAUCAGAUAAAGAUGAAAAUUUGUUAUGAUCAGGGUUGCAAUGACAUCGGAGUUGUCAUACCUACGAAAUUACACCAUUACCGGGGGACUGCUCUUCCAAAAUCGUUCACGGGAACUUUUUCCUACAAUAGAGGCCUUGAUGUCUAAGCGAAUUGAAAUCUGUAAGAGUGUUAACAAGAUAUUUUGGGGUGAGGUUUUUAUUGUUAGAAAUACGGUAAAAAACUAAAAAGUCUGGAUGUUCGACCGUAAUUUAUAGAAAACAAAGCGCUUUUGAAAUGCAAUUUCACCUCAUACAUGUAGUAGUUUGAAAGUGUCUGAAAGAUCAUGGAGAUAGCUCUUAGUAAUCAAAUCCUUCAUUCUGGCAAUCGGCUGUGUUAGCGGUUUUGUAGACAUUUUGGUCUGCUUUAACAAAUAAGGAAAUAGGCUCCGAGGCUGCGCUAUGUAGCAUUUUUUAAGGCACUUUUCUGAACAAAAAGACGAUUUUAAUCAACAUCGAUUUCCUUACAGGUAGGAUGACUCUUUUAGCUGUUAUGACUUCUCCAUCCCACAAUUCUUGUUGGCAUUUAUAACUCACCGCAAUAAUUAAAUUUUGUCACGUGACACUUAUUGUUUUUGGAACGAUAUGACGCAAAGGCGAUAACUUCUUUUCGGAGAAAGAGAUAAGGGAGGGACUCGGUCGACACCUAGAUACCAGUAUUGUCACGAGUGCUGUCACCUUUAUUUUGACGCAUUGCUUUGUGAAUCUCUUCCUUGUCUGUUUCCUUUUUAUCGCUGAACACGUAACACGGCGACCGAGAUACACAACUGGGAUACGAAAUGAAAGCAAUAAUAGCCUUACUGCUCACAUCACUCCUUCAGCAAGGUAAGUAAUCAGCUAUGCAACAAAUCAUUUGGACAAAAAACGAUCGAAAAAAAUCAAUCGAAUCAGAAUUCUAUGUCUCAUCAUUAUAAGGGUUGAGGUAUCCGUUUCACUGACACCCCAUGACAUGUCCAUGACUCAGUCAAAAGCUCAUGUUUAUAAGUUACACAGUGUACUGAACAAAGUGAGAUUAGCUCUGUUACCGUUGCUACGACUGAGAAUAAACCAUGAAUGUCUGCUAGUCAGACUUCUUUAGUGGUUUGGCCCGUAUUUCUUUAACACUUCAAAUUUAACGUCAUGACCUCCGAGAUUGUUCGUAGGCAUUUGUGAUGUUUGUUCAUGUAAUGUUUCGGUGUGGACUAGUUUUGUGAAGGUGAUGACUGAUAUGUUUACAGAAUUUACAACUCACGUUCACUUGUCAAAGGAUAAACCAUUCACAGCUAUUGCAUUAAAUUUAGUGGUAUCUUUCACUUUAGUUUAUAAUAACUGGCACAGUUCUUUCAGUGGGAUACUUAGAUUACAAGGUACUUACUUUACUUACUUAUAGCGCCGGACUUAAAUCUGUAGCAUUUUAAAAUUCACGGCCAAUAGCAGGUCAUGACAAAUCAGUGGUUCCUGCUAGUUUCAGUGGACAGUGAGUGGAGAACAUGUGUUCAUCAUUUCCCUCCUUCCCUUAGAUCCUCAUACCAAUUCUUUUCGCUAGAAAACUUAGGUCAGAAAUUAAGUUGUUUCUUAAGAUAAAGGAGCCAAUAACUCACUCUAAGGGAAAUAAAAUACAGCUUUGUACAACAUGAUCGUGAGUCCAUAAUUUCGAUCGUUAAUUUACCUUCGUUCACAACAUUAAAAUGAAUUUACAUGAAUUCUUUUGCCGAUUCUUUCAUUUUGAUAUAUAAUGUUGACAGAAAGGUGUGAAAUAAAUUUGGUUGAGCGUUAUAUUAAAAACUUUAAUGGCAUAACUGCUCAUCCGUUGAAAUAUCCAAAAACAUUUCCAAUUCCCUUCCCCCAGAACGAUUAACGGCGGACGCGUUUUAAAUAUUGAUGCAUGAUAGAGACUAUUGCUAACACUACCGAAUAGUUACCUUCAGAAUUAUUAAUAUCUGUCCAUGCAAAAGAGUUUAUUUUUACUCCAACUUCCUUUAAAACGAUUUUUUUAAAACAACUUUAAGCAAAGAUUUCCGAUCAUAACUUCAAGUUUUUUUCAAGAUGAUCAAUAUAUCGCGUCUGUGCAAUGCUAUCCAUUGAUGAAAGCAAUUGAUAUUCAUAAUACGCUCCCAUCUUCCUUCUUUCCAAGAAUUCACGGUUGACUAAUUUGGUUUGUUUAAGAAAAAGAAUUGAAAUGACGCAUACUUCACAAACGCACACGUAAGUAAAUAUUUCUUCAUCAGAUAUAAUUAUAACCGGACAGACACACAUUUAUAAUAAAAUUUUAGGAAAUCAGUAAAAAGAGCGGAAAUUUAACUGAUGCGUUGCUCCCUGGGGGAAGUAUUCCCGUACAUAAGAUUCAUAAGAUAUGUGCGGCGCCAAAGAGGGUAGUUUUUAAGGUAACUUUAUAGGGUUUUUCAGUGUCAAUACCUUAAAGUUUGAGCAUAAACUACUUCACCAUUAACAAAGAUUUGGAAAAAUUACUACCACAGCUGUAUUAGAUAAAGGUGGAAAUUUGUUGUGAUCAGGGGGCAAUGACAUCGAAGUUGUCAAAGCAAAGAAAUGACACUAUUACCCGAUUUUACUUGCAGCCGUAUUUCUCGAAACUGAGGACUGUUCUUUUAAAAUUGUCCACGGGAACUUUUUACCACAAUGGCCGCCUCGAUGUUCGUGAAUUUUAAGCGAACUCUGUUCUGGAGCGUUAUCGAGAUAUUUUGUGGUGAGGUUUUUAUUGUUAGAAAGACGGUAAAAACUAGACAAUCUCGAUGUUCGGCAGUAAAUCGGUAGAAAACAAUGCGGUUUUGAAAUGUAAUUUCACCUCAUAGUAGUAUGAAUCUUUUUAAAAGAUGUCUGAAAGAUCAUGGAGAUAGCUCUACCCUAUUGCCAGAAUGGAGGACUUGAUUAGUAUGUUAGCGGUUUUGUAGACAUUUUGGCCUACUUUAACAACUAAGCGAAUAAUUUUUAAAGAGCUCGAUAGAUUUUUUUAAAAAUUUGAGAUUGACCGUCGUUUGACAUGACCUUUGAGUGUCAAGAUUACUGAUAUAUUGUAAGGCAGUAAAAGAAGGUCUACAAUUCGCAAAUUACUUGUCGGAAAUUUCGUGCUUACAAGUGAGAGGCUCUCUUUAUUCAGGGCUUUUCCAAAUCUUUGUUAAUGGCGACGUAGUUUAUGCUCAAACUGCUGCUCAAACUUGGGAGGUAUUGUCUCUGAAAAACCCCAUCGAGCCACCUUAACGUUCGAUUCAAGAUUAAACGACAUGAACAUUUUGAUUAACGUUCGUUGCUGCCAUUCUUUCAAUAAACGUUUUAGAUCUCAAGGACCACUUUGAAAUGAGUCCUUGGUAACGUUACUUUCCUUUUCUUUCUUUUCUUUGUUUCUGCCUAAAAAAGGUAACUUACACUGCUACAAUUUCCUUCCCUCUUUGCAUAUCAUUCAUGAAAAUCGUUGUUCAGAGAAGAAAACUUGUAAACUUGACCACACAUCAUGGGCAUCAAUCAAGAGAGGAUAAAGGGGACAGAGAAGGCAUCCCCCAUACACACUCUAUUCGAUAUAUAAUUCGUCUCGAGUUAUUUUUAAGACCACAGAUCCCAAGGGGGAUUAGACAACAGCCAAUCACAUAGCGCGAAUGUGUUCCGCGUGGAUGAGCCACGCUCAGAGCCACGCGUCCUUCACGAAUUGACGCUGAAAAAAAUGGCGGAAGACGCGGAGAGCGAUAUUGUUACACGUUUUGUCGACGAAAACGACUAAAGAGAGAUUUCUACUAAAGCAGUGUCAGCGAAAUGGAAAUUAAAAAAGAAUCGCCCUUCCUCUCUUGUUUAGAACUAACGGUACAGCAGGGAAAUCCUUAACACACUGAAUAUUCUCUCAGGAUCAUUUAUAAUUUACAGUUUGAAGAGAGCAAUUUCUGGUUUGAUAUUUAUUCUUCUAUUAGUCGUUUAUUAUUCAACAAAAAUAACACUUGGCGUCCUACUUGCUUUAUUGUACAAACGACCGGUUUCAAUAGACCGGCGAAAUUUCUCAUUUUAUUAAAGCACUGAGGUGACGACAACUUCGAGUUAAACUGAUUUCACGGGUUGUCAAAGAGUCCAGCGAUUCCCUUUUCCCAGGUGAGCGCCGACUCAUUUCGCUUUAAUAUUCAGAAAUGCUUUCGAUCUCUUUACGCUUUCAUUGCCUUUCGCCCGACAUGUUUUGCACGGCGUUCAGUCAUGCAAAACCUCCACGAAACAUCCACGCAGCGCGCGAGGUAACUUUUUCCCGAUUCUAAAAAUAACUCGAGACGAAUUACCUAUGGAAUAGGGUGUGUAUGGUGGAUGCCUUCUCUGUCCCCUUUAUCCUCUCUUGGCAUCAAUGGAUUUUGUUCUUAUGCUUUUUUUCUUAUCAUUCAUGCAGGAAGAGGAAGUUGGAUAUUUCGGAUUUCUUCAGACCCAAUCAGAGUAUUUCAAGGUUCCAGUGCUGUGUUUAUAUGGGGCCUAAGAGAAGAUUUAAUAUCUCAGCCUGCUUUCAAAGGACUCACGUUUGGAUUUUGGAAGAAUGGCCACCUGACCACUUACAUUAUUUCACUCACGAAGAGUGGGAGGAUUAUUCCUAACCCAGACUUAGAUGAUCAGCUAACGUUCUUUGCUGGCCGUGUGCAGUGGAUAGGAAACUUGACCAAAUCGUUUGCAGCAUUCGAAGUCUCUCAAAUAAGUGCGCGUGACCAAAUGGAUUAUGGGAUUGAACUACAUUUUGGUGCAUUCAAAGAUCCUGUGUCUGAUUUUGUUAGACUUGAAGUUGUAGGUAACUACAUGAAGGAGUUUUCAUUUCUAAUUUUUGUUUACCAGGUUUUAACCAGCAGAUAAUGCCUGGCUCGACCCAGUAUUUUUUUUAGGCAUACCUUUCACCUUUGGACCUCUUAUACGUAAACACCUUGGCCUUUACUGAAAAUCGGUUAUAGUACAUAGAUUACAUAUAGACUGAACUUUACCUGCGCCAACUUGUCGUGCCUCGUGCUUUUGAGCAAGUUUCUUGCAUUCCGAUACAAUAUAGCUAAUUGUUUCAUCACUUUCUCCGCACAUUCUACACUUUGCAGAUACAUUAUCCGCUUUAUACUAUCAGUUCUGAAAGCUUGGUCUUAUGCUGCCAUAAUCAUGCCCUCUGUCUCCUUCUUUAGUCUUCCCUUUUUCAGCUACUCUCACGUCUUUUUAUCUCAUACUUCUGCUGUUUACCUAUAAACCUACCCAUGAAGUUGUUUCUCCUAACAUCUCAGAACCUCUUCCUUGUACACUGCCUCAAAUAGGGGGCCGCUACAACUCUCAACAUACCGGCUAAGACUAUUGAUCUCACUAUUUACAGAGACCUCAACACUCGCUAAUUCUCUACCUUCCUCUGAUCUUUUAAAGUAAAGCCUGUCAAUAUCAGCCUGCAGAUGCAAAGCAUGAUGUAGAAUCAUUUAUUUGCGUCAUCAAUCUGUAGCUCUUCUUUCGUCUAUUUCACUAUUCCUGCCUCAUUUCGUAUUACUGCCACUGCCCUACGAUUGAUUGCUUGAACCAUAUUCUCUCCGUUCAGUUCACACUUUAAUAUUUUCGUACACGACAAAAGUAUUCCUCCUCAAUUCUUCUUUUCAUCUGGGUGUGUUUGAUUUCAUCUCCCUCAAGCACCCCUAGGUAUUUAUAAGCAUCCACAUCACCAUAAUUCAUUGCCCGAAUCAGUCUUCAAUCCGCAAUGACAAUACCCUCUUACUUGACCAUUCCAAUUCUGAUGUUACGUUUUGACAGACUACUCGGACAGAAUGUAUCCAACUGGUUAUUAUUAUUAUUAUUUUAUAAACGCGCCUUUUAACUAAUCUGAGCUUCAAAAUAUUAACGAGAAAGUAGUAUGGCCACUUAAAACCUCCAGUAACAUAGACUAAACUGAGCUCAUUAUUAAUUUAGCUGAAAGAACCUCUGCAAUGACUACUGUAUGGUCACCGCCCCUUUCAGUUCAACCAGGCAGUAACGCUUCCUUUCAGUGCCAGUUUUAUGUUGGAGAGGCUGACGAACCCGUCUUCGAUUACGUCACAGUUGGGCUCUGGGAACGAGGAGGUAUCUCUUCAACGCUUCUGACUUUGACGAAGAGGGGAAAUGUCAUCGUUAAUCCAAAACUAAAUAAAGAGGCCCCGUUGUAUGCUGGACGAGUUCAUGGAAGGCAAUGGAAAAAUACGACCACCAAUACUUCAGGGAUAACGGUGAAAAUAGAACAUGUCGAAGAAUCCGAUGAAGGAUUUUAUGGGUGUAGCAUAUUCUUCGGUGCAUUUAAAGGGGUACUUGGUGAAUCAGUGAAGAUUGACGUGCAAGGUAGGUGGUGCUGCCACCAAAAUAAUCUACCUACCUAAUAUCGUAAGGUUUUCCCUUUCCAUUAACAGAAAACAAAAUGGACCGAAAUCAUUACUUAUCGUUUACCUUUUUCUUUUUUAGCGUUAUGUUUAUCUAACCAUAACAGAAGUCAAAACUAACUGGCGAAGAAAUAAUUAUGUCACUAUUAUUAUCACCAAUAUUGUUAUCACUACCCAGUUUUUAUUAUCAUCAUUUUUAUUGUUAUUGUUAUUAUCAUCAUUAUUAUUACUUUCAUUAUUAUAAAUGUUGUUAUUAUUAUUAGUGUUAUUACUGUUCAUCGAAUUUAUCGCUAUUUGUCUAUCUAUCAGUUAUUGCAGGUUUGAGACUAAGGGCGUUAAAAUCAUUGCUCUCUUCAUGCCCACAGUUCUAACGGUUGCAUUUUGUCCUGGAUUCCCCUUUUUUUUCUGCAGAAAGAAUUAUUAAUGAAGAGAAGAUAAUCGCAGAAAGAAUUAGGAUACUGAUACUGUUAUUAUCAUUAUUAUUACCAUUUCUUUUUAUCAUCAUCAUUCUCAUUACUAUUAUCAUCAUUGGAUUCCGCUUUUGUUUCUACCAAAAACCAGACACAAACACAAACUACAAGCGACAAACUAAGGUCAGAGACGUCCCUCAGCAGCCUUUGCGGGUUGAAGCGCGAGUUGGUCAAAAUAUUAACCUUUCCUGCCCAGCAUUAUCGAAGGUUUAUCAACUGGACGGUACAUUUAAAGUCGUUGUUUGGUAUUCAUGUACCACGAAAAAUUGCUCUGCCAAGGACACUCAAUGGACAUGGUUAGCAGGUCUAAACAGUCAGGGAAAGACCAAAACCAUCGAUAAAGGUUAGCUUUUCACAGCGCUGAAACGAAAUGACUUUCAGUCAGUAGUGCUACCUUAAGGCCCAUACCGUGAGCAACAACUGGCCGGUCAGACCAGUUCAGUUGUAAAGAGAAUUCAAGCGUUAAUCAGAAUUUUCCAGCCAUGUAGACCAGCCUCUCCCUCCUAAUUUGUGUGCACGGCGGUGAUGGUUUUCUAUCAAAACUCUUCGAAAAAAGUCGAUUUCAUUUAAAAAAUGGCCGGACCGGCUGGUUUUGACUUUUGGUGGUCGCCCUCAGCUUUGUUUUGAUCUCUAAGAAUUCUUCAAGUAGAUUUAAACAGAAUUUUGGAAACGCGUUUAAUAAGUCAGUGUUCUAGGUCGGUUUAGCAGACUGAAGUACUGUAUGGAGUUUCAAAUUCACGAAUUAAAUUGUAUGAUAACUUAAUUUUCAAGGCCCUUACUCGAACAGACUAAAUAUUACUCUGAAUGGAACCCUGGAAAUAUAUCAUACGGAAGUAAGUGACAGUAACACCUACAAAUGCAGCGUACACAGAGUAAACUACACGUCUCCUGAAAGGAACUUCGUCACUCUUCAGGUUGACACCUCAGGUAAGUGAUCAAAGACCAUUAAGCCUUACUUGAAGCAGGUCUUUUUAUCGUUUCAUUUGUUUGAAGUACACUUUUAGCUCCUUCUCAUUUUCUUUGACUAUUAUUUUCUUCUUGCACAGUUCAGCAAAAAAAAUUGAAAAGAAGGUCUGUAUCGUCGCAAUUUGUAAUAAUCAUAGCACCUUUUAAUACCUGUCCAAAUUCGUAAGAAACCGUGUUGCACUUUGAAGUAAUAAUAUUAUAUAUAUUUAGCUAAGGCUAAAAGAGAAGCGUUCAUUUAUAUACUUUCAAUUACUUAAAAACAAAAAAAUAGAACGAAUAAACUUCAACCUAUGCAAAUCCAGAAAUUUAUACUUAACUGAUUUUAAAACAAAAAGAGAAAAUUUUAAAUCAAAUUCGAUCACAGUAAUUGUCUUGGAAAAGAAUUCUUACCCAUACUAAUAAUAAAUAAUAAUUUAUUAUUUUUAAGGCUCAAAUAGCACUAAAUAUGAUCUAAUGCACUCUAACCAAAAAGUUAUAUAAAAUUAUACGUAAAAUUUCCUAAAAAACCUAAAAAUUUAGUAUAAAUAUCUCUAUGUAUACAAUUAAAAAGGCAUUUUAUAUCAAGCCAUUUUCUCGGUGAUAAGGACACUGAAAACUUUGCAUUGCGUGACCAAGAGCUCUGCGUGGCGUCGCACUUGUUUGCUGAGGAGGUAAACACAGAGUAGGAUUUGGUUGGAGAAAAUUUGGCCACCGAAGGUGACGAACUUUAUUUUCAAGAUCUGCCAAUAUAUAAUUAACUAAAUAUCUCUUCAGCAAAGGUGGGGGAAAAAACCGCCACCCACUCAGGCACAGAUUCGAUUAAUAAAUGUAUCAUAACGUAGUAACUAAAAUUACCUUAAAAAGGUAAUUAAUAAGUCAUAAUAAUAAUAAUCGUAAACUAUAAAUCAUAGGCUUUUUUAAAUAUUAAAGUUUUUAGUGUAGCUUUGAGAGGCUUUAAGCUUGUCUCCAUCCUUAAUGCACUUGGAAGUUUGUUCCACAGAGUCGGCGCAGCCACUUGGAAAGCCCUGUCGCCUAAGGUCUUUUUAGACUUGAACGUCGGUGGAGCCAGUAGCAGUUCAUCAUUUGACCUAAGGUUGUAGGAGGACUUCUUCUAGACUUCUAUUGAAUUUUGUAUAUAAUAUGGAACCAGUCCAUGUAUUGCUUUAAAUGUUAUAAGUAUCACCUUCGAUUUAAUCCUGACACUUAUUGGUAACCGUAGUAACUGACACAGUACAGGUGUGAUCUGACAAAACCGCGGGGUAUUUGUUACUAACCUGGCAGCCAUAUCCUGAAGACGCUGUAGCUUAUAUUAUUGAUAUUAUUUCUUGGAAGACUAUAGAGUAAGCUAUUGCAGUAAUCUACGCGCCCCAUUACCAGUGUAUGAACCAAAAAACAUCUGGUUGAAUCCAACGUUAAAGUAUUUCCUGAUCCUUCUUAUAUUGUGCAGAACUUGUGAUCGCCCAAACGUAGCGCAACAAUAGUGGAUCCGUUUGCACAGCUCUUCCAACAUUGUUUGGGCUGCGCACGCGCAGUACGCAUGGUUUACAAAGACUUAUGGGUAGUAUCCUUCUCGCGAUGCACUGCAGGUCCCAACAUUGUUGGGAGUUGUUGCAUCCGUUUGCACACCACUGCCAACACGCACGCAACAACUCCCAACAUUGUUGCGCCAACAAUGUUGGGAGUUAUUGCGUCCGUUUGUACGCAGCCUAACUGACUUAUCAAAUUACUUAAUAAAUACUCAGGUGCAGCGCCAUGAAUUGCCUUAAAUGCAAUAAUGAGUACUUUGAAACUGAUGCGAUAUUCAAUAGGUAAUCAGUGUAGAGAGCGCAGCACAGGCGUUAUGAGGUCAUAUCUACAGAUGCGACAAAUUAUACUAGCAAGCUGAAUUGUGAACACGUUGUAGUUUUCGUAAAUGCACCGAAGAGAAGGCCAAUUGUAAUAAUCAACUCGUCCCAUAACAAGUGCAUGAACUAUAGUGUUUGAGCGGAAUCAUUAGAUAGAUAUUUCCUAAUUCACCGAAUGUUAUGAAGAUGAAAAUACGCAAUUUUACAAGUCUUAUUAAUAUGUUCGUUCAGAUUUAGGUUACUGUCAAAACAUUAGUUCCAAGAUUUUUCGCACCCGUGACAGGGCUUACUCUUGUAUCACCGAUCGCAAGGUGAUCAACAUUGACUUUCUCCAACUGCCGUCUAUUACCGACUAUUAUAAGUUCAGUUUUACCGUCGUUAAUCUUGGGUUUGUCCAUGAUCAUCCACGAUCGUAUAUCUUUAAUACAGCGCUCCAUUGCGAAGAAGACGAUAUUACUGUUAAACAAGUAAGUUGAAUAAAUCUCAAAAAGUUUAUUACAAAGCGAUGGAAUUAAAGCAAAUUGCGGCAGCUUAGUUUAUUACAAAGUGCGGUGGACAGUUAUUACAAAUUGCGACAGCCUUUUAAUUUUUUAAGAAUUGUGAGAGGUAUUACAAAGUGCGAUGGAUUUGUUACAAAUUGCAACAAGUAUUACAAAGUGCAAUGAUUAUUACAAAUUGCGACAGUACAAGGUCCCCUCUACUAUGUCAGGAAUUGUAUCAUGUCAAGAAUUGUUGCCAAAAUUUUUCUUAAACGAGACGUUUGACAUUGCCAAAAAUAAGAGUCAAUGAAAGUACAUAACUGCGGAUUUUCCACAGUGACGAUUUUUCAGUUUCUAUUUGCAAUCUCAAUUUGCAGUGUCGCCUAAAAUUACUGAACGGGAGCCGAGUAAAAUAGUCCAUGUGCAGCUAGGAAGCGUCCUUUUCUUAAAAUGUAAAGCGGAGGGAGUUCCCAAACCUGUUGUAACGUGGCGAAAAGAUGGCCGACUCAUUCAGAACAAAACAGACGAGACGUACUUCAAACGCGAAAAUGCCAGUAAAGAUGAUGAAGGAAAAUACGAAUGCGAGGCUUCUAACUCAGCUGGAUCGGACAGCUACAAGGUGGACGUAAUUAUAAAAGGUACAAAUCGUUUUGUUGAGGUAACGAAAAACUUAAGAUUAUAAACAAAAAAAACAAACGAGCGGUUUGUUAAACGGAUUUCUUUAAUUUAAUUGAAAUUGGAAAUAUCAUUAAAGCGUACAGUUAGGUAUUGACUUUCUUCGCCAUAUGGGCAACAAAGAGACAUACGUAUGUACACAGUUUCUUAACUUGUCAAGUCGUUCCUAUCUAGCGCCAGUGGCCCUAACUGGUGACAUAAGUAAGGGUUACGGUCUCCCCAUGCAUUUUAUUAAGUUUGCUUUAAACUGAAUGCAGGCCGCUCAGGAAGGCUUGAAAUGUAAGAAGUGUAGUGUAUUGCCUAUUAAAUCGAAACUUUUUGUUACUUCAGGGAAAGACUCCAACAACAACAGUAACAACAACAACAACACCUGGAGGACCAUUGCACUUGUCGUUGUUGGUCUAUUUGUUGCAGUGUGCAUAGGUUUUUGUUUUUACAAAAAGGUGAUAAGUAAACCGUCACAGACGUCUCCUCCAGAGCAACAUAAAUCCGACGAAGAUGAAACUCUCUUAACGGUACCAAAGAAGAGAACUGCUUCUGAUCCAGAUUCGAACCCAAAUCCGCGAUAA